CCUAAUGAAAUUAAUAUAUAUGCUUGUGUUUCCUUAAACUCAAACCUUUCAAUACUUUUCAUUUGAGCUAUUAAACCAUUUAGGAAGUUAAAUGACGGCAUUUUAUGAUAAUGAAUCACUAACAAAUUUCCUAAUAAUCGACUACUAUGAUGACUCAUCUGAUGAUGAAGACUAUAUGACUGACGUUCCUGAAAAGGUUUCUGUAACAAAAAAGAAAAAGAAAGUUCGAAAAUGUGUCAAAAGAGGAUUCAUAUGUUGCUUCAAAUUUUGCAAAUACACGUUUUUGUGCUGCCGGUGCGUAAUAGUGUGGAGAUGCCUAUGGCUUCUGAUAAUUUUCUUCGUCGGAUGCCUAAUAUUCACUUUGUUCUAUUAUGACGAUGUUCGCAAAAUAAUUCAAUUCAUUUAUAUCGUUAUUGAUACUUCAAUUCAUUUGUAUAAAAGAUUAGAAGAUCAGAAUAAAGAGUAAUUUUUUCGAAA